UUCUAAAUGGAGGUUCCGCGCAAACACAAGUUCGACAUGAGGACAAAGACAUCUAGAGAACAAGAGUUCUUACAAGUCACCGAUCUAGGUAAGGUUAAGAGGAAGAGAGAACUUUACAUGGUCAACCUUCGGAAGAAGUGCAGGUCUAAAUAGAUUCAACCAGCGCAGAUUCUGACGUAUUGAAGAAAAUGAUAACACCCAACUCUUGAUGUCAUGCCUCAAAUCCUUAGGAGUUUAUGACAUGAGCACAAGUGAUAGAUUUUCGGAAAUUAUUGAAAUAUUAAAGAGGUCUGAAGACCUUGAGAUUGUAUCUAAAUGAAUCACCGUCUUCAAACUUCUUGCCAAAGAGAUAUGUGAAGAAGAAAACUAUAAAGAUAGUGAUAUACGCGAUUUUCUGGUCCCGAUUAUCAAUUACGACUGCAUGAAGAAAUAUGAAUUUGUUCUAAAGUCUGACUGUGAUCUCCCCCAGAAAAUUGUUGCCCUCAAUCUCCUCUCUUUCGUUAUCAGAAGUUUGAAUAACAUCAAUAAAGCAGAUGUAUUUGAGAUUGAAAAUACCUUGGUUUCAGUUUUUAUCUCGCUUAUCCCAGAUGAAGAAACUGUUAUUACUGAAGAUCUAGCUAAAUUUACACAAGAGAUUCUUGACUGCUUAGUGGAUAUAUGAUAUUCAACAAACAACGCCCUCUGUUUCCACCAGUCUCACAUCUUAGAGAAUCUCACCGAAUUAGUGAAAAAUCUGAACAAUUGGAAGCUUAGGAUAGAAAAUAGUGACAGAUCAGAAUCUUCGCACUCGACUCAUGAAGAUGAAGACUUAGUUCAGAUCCAAGAGCUACUCUACGAGCUAAGUGUUACUCUUGCCACUAAACUUCCAAGAGACAAUGACAUUGAAAUGGUGAAUUUUCUAAAAGAAAUAGAUCUGGAAUCUGCAUUCUUAGGGAAGAGCCCUAGUGAAUCAUGAGGCACCCACCUUCUCGAGCUUGCUUGCAAACUUUGUGAAAAUGAUUUCUUCACUGAAGAAAUCCUUGGGAUAGUCCCUCUUUCAACAAUAGUGAAAAUUUGUGAGGAUUGUAAUGAUAAGAGCUUGGUUAAGGUCCAUGAAACUCUUGCAAAUAUCCUUUCCCAUGAAAAUACAAAAUAUGUCGAAGAAGCAGACUCAGUUACUGGUGGUCCAUCGCUUCUUUCAAUCAUCAAACAGGACAUAAACACUGGUGAUGAGCUUUACGGAAGUGAAGGUCUUUAUAUGCUGGAGAAUGCACUCUGCAGUGACAAAUUCUACCUGAAAUUUCUUGAUGAUUAUGAAAUAAUAGAAAUCCUGAUAUCAAUCUUUAAGGAGUCCUCAUCCACACCUGACUGAAUAGUUAGACUUGUCUGAAAAAUCAUUUUGGAUAUUUUCAAGAAGGAUUAUUACGAAUGUAUUAAAAUAUUCCAAGAGCAAGGCCUGAAUGACAUGGUCCUAGAAAAACUAGAUUCAAAUGUCUCCCACAAGAACAUCUUGGUCCUGGAAUACAUACUGAAGAUUGCCCAUGAGAUCAUCAACAGGAAUGAUGCUAACAGCAUUAUCUUUACUGAACAAAGAGGGCUUGAACUUGUAAGCAGAAUAAUGGAUGAUUUUCCAGUCCAGGACAUUCAAGACAUCUGUAUGUCAUGUCUCGAAUGCACUUCUGAUCCUGAAGGACUUGAUAAGCAUAUGGAUACACUAUAUGGCAACUAG